AACUGCCAAUAGAAAGUUGGAAGCAGUCAGCCACCUGUGAUUCACUGAUAGGAACUCUGACAGGAGAGGGUGGGGGAUUUACAGAGAGACGUGCACUGUGAGACACUUCAACUUAUUGAGACUCAACCGGAGGAGGAAAUCUCAGCUCUGGAGGUGGGCCACGAUUCCUACCAUAUGAGGCUGUUUUUCUAGCAUGCUUUCUACAUGAACCGCGUUUCACAAACUCCACUUUCCUCUUCUUGGACUAUAAAGGAAGCAGACGCUAGGACUGCAGUGGGCCUGACAGAAAAUUCCAGGGUCCCAAAAGGACAGCAGUGAAGACUGGUACCAGCAGGGGUUUCCCGGUUUAUGAAAGACCAAGCCUUGUUCAACACUGCACUGGACAAGCAUACCUCCCAACAUUUUGAAAAUAUAAAGAGGGACAAAACGUUUUGCCACGUGCAAGCAAGAGCGGUGAAGAUUUUUGACAGUGCGCAUUUUAUGACCACACCCCCUAAUUGCCAUGUCCAUUUUACAACAUUUGGCAGAACUGAACUACAGAUUUGUGAAGCAGCUACUGGAUCAUGCAGGAUGGGCAUAUUGGAGCUCACAUUUAUUCUGGUUUUCUAUGCAGUGUCAGCAGAAAUUCAUAAGUUUGGGUGGUACAAACACAUUUACAGAGAAAAUAAAAAGCCAGCGAAUCAGGUGAUAAGUUUUAUCGACGAUAUACCUACUGGAAUAUAUAACAGCAAGACCAAGAUAUUUAAGUAUAUAAAUGGCUUUGGAUCAGAAGGGAAAUUAUUUGUGCCAGAAAGCAUCCAGACUGCUCAUUGCCAGAUUUGUGAAGCUCUGCGGUAUGGCGAUUAUGAUGAUCUGGUAAAGGAUACAAACACGACUUAUAUGAAUGAUGAUUUCUUCUUCCUCCAGUUUGUAAAAGGCUGUGAGCUGGACACUGAAAGUGGGACGGUUAGCAGCUUUACUUACUACGCACUCAAUGGAGUCCAUUUUAUGCAUGUUGACCAAAAGAUUUCACGUUGGGUGUCCAGUCACCCAGCUUCUCAGAGAAUAGUUCAAAUAUGGAACAAAAAGUUUGGUAUUUACAAUAUAAUCAGUGAAAAGGAAUGCCACGAACGGUUACAAAAAAAUCUGGACUGGCUGUACAGUAAAACAGAUACUCCAAAGGUAAACAUUCUUUAUCGAGAACCUGAUGGCACCGACCCCUCCAGUUUAAUGUGUCAUGUGACUAGAUUUUAUCCUCGAGACAUUGAUGUGAUCUGGUAUAAGGGGAACAUUUCCUUAGAGAAUGAGCAGAUAAGGGGAGAAACCCUGCCUAAUGCUGACCUAACAUACCAAGUAGAAGUGGUUAUAGAAGAACCAGAAAGUACUGCAGAUUACCAUUGCGUAGUGAAGCAUCGUAGUCUGAAGGAGAAUGAGCUGAGCAUGGUUUGGGCUCCACAAACUGCAAACUCCAAGAUAAUUACUUGGAUCUGUGUUUUCGUGCUUUUACCACUGAUUGCUGGAAUCAUAAUCUGCUGCAUUAAGCAGAUAAAAAAAUCACAUUCACAGUGAACCAUGCGCAGGAUGCACAGGACCAACAGGAGCUAGAUUGUAUGAACGUGAAGAUCACUCAAUCAACAAAGAUUUAGUAAAUGGGGUAGUUCACCUUUAGAUCACAUUUUGGCAUGUUAUAGAAUCAAUUUACACAAAUUCAGACCUAGAAGGGGGGCUUGAAUCAAAUAUGUCCAUUAAACUCUACCCUAGUUAGUAGUUAGUUCCCCCCCCCCAGGUGUUUGACAGUAUUAGUGAAAUACCCAACUACAGGCAUUUAUAAUGCUACAAAUACUGCUGGGGAAACAAUUUAUGGUCCACCCACCUAGGUGGCAAAAUCAAAGAUCCAGCAGAUGUGUUCAUGUAUGUUCAGAUUUAGAUACUCAAUCAAAACUUCUUUCUGUCUUUAUAUGUAAAAAAAAAAAAAAAGGG